AUGGCGAUUACUGCGAGGAAUGCGGUUGGAGUCGAGCACAAUCUGUCGCUCGAAGUACCCGAAGUUGGGAGUCGUCAGGCUGUAGUGCUUGCGCCCACCCUGCUUUUGGCACGUUUCCUUCCCUUCAUGGUCGCAUCGCAAACGGCUGUUGCGAUUGGUGUGCAACAAGUUCUGUACGUCUCUGAUUUGGAACACGAUCAUUCCAAGGUUGUCGCGUUUUAUGUGCGUGUAUGA